UUCAUUUCUAUUGACACUGAUAUUUGAUACAUCACUUGCCUUGUUCAUGUCCUCUUUUGACCCUCCCUCCUCUCUUAAUCUCUCUUCCUCCUCUUCCCUAUUCCUUCAUCUUUGUCAAACACUGUGUUCAAGUAAUGCACUCCAACACCUGGUCAUCAUAAUCAUCAUCAAAAAAACGUCGCCAUAAACCUUAGCUAGCUUCGAGAGAGAGAGAGAGAGAGAGAGAGAGAACAAAAGAUGGGGUCUUUGGGUGUUGAAGUUGCAGAGAAGAAGGCAAUGUGGCUCUACCCAAAGGUUAUGGGAUUCAAUCCUUCUGAGAGAUGGGGUCAUUCUGCUUGUUACUCUCAAGGGAUUCUCUAUGUUUUUGGGGGAUGUUGCGGCGGUUUGCAUUUCAGCGACGUUCUUCUGCUAAAUCUGGACACAAUGGUUUGGAAUGCUCUUGUAUCGACUGGUCAAGGACCUGGUCCAAGAGACAGCCACAGUGCUGUUGCUGUGGGCCAGAGAAUGAUAGUAUUCGGCGGCACCAAUGGCUCCAAGAAAGUAAACGAUCUUCACAUACUAGAUUUUGCAACAAAAGAAUGGAUACAACCGGAGUGUAACGGGACUCCGCCUUCACCUCGUGAAAGUCACACUGCCACACUUGUUAGCGAGGAGAAAUUAGUGAUAUUUGGGGGCAGUGGAGAAGGUGAAGGAAAUUACUUGAAUGAUUUGCAUAUUCUAGAUCUCAAGACUAUGACAUGGACUUCCCCUGAAGUGAAGGGUGAUAUUCCCAUCCCUAGAGACAGUCAUAAUGCUGUUGCAAUAGGAAACAAGCUCUUUGUAUAUGGCGGGGACUGUGGUGACCGGUACAACGGCGAUGUUGAUAUGCUUGAUAUUAACACACUUACUUGGUCAAGGUUGUCUGUUCAAGGUUCUUCACCGGGUGUGAGAGCAGGUCAUGCCGCUGUGAACAUUGGUACAAAGGUUUAUGUCAUUGGAGGGGUUGGAGACAAACACUACUAUAAUGAUGUUUGGAUCCUAGAUGUAAGUACUUGUUCUUGGAUGCAGCUUGAUAUACGAGGCCAGCAGCCGCAAGGGCGGUUCUCUCAUACAGCUAUUGUUACAGAUCUUGAUAUAGCUAUCUAUGGCGGGUGUGGGGAGGAUGAGCGUCCUCUCAAUGAGUUAUUGGUGUUGCAGUUAGGAGCCGAGCAUCCCACUGGCCGUUACAACAUUUCCAUGUGCAAAAUCUUUGGAAACCAUUGGAACCAAGAGAGAAGGUCCUCAAGAGAAGGGAAUAACAUGAAAGCCAUGAUUUUGGGAAAUAAUGCAGCAGUGAGAGAGCACGCCUAUGAACCCGAAUCAGAGAGCAAGCGGCCACUUCCAUUCAAUUCAGAUACUUUACAUCCCAAGAGGAGGAGAACCACAACUGCAAAAACAUGGGAUGUUGAAUCAGAGCAAGAGGAGCACUCUCUUUCACUUUCCCACAGUUUAUCUCCAUCGCUGUUCAUCUCC